AAACUCCAAUACCGCCAUUUAUUGGAUUUAUUUUUAGCACCCGACUGAGGCUAUGCGUUGCUACGCUCGGAGAAAACCGUUAAAAUCUAUUUUUCGCAGAUCCACAGGAAGUUUGUUAUCGAGUUAUUAAACCUACUCGUGUAUGCGACUACAAUCAAUCUGUGUGUACAGAAAGAUAUUUCUUCUUUCUGCUGAUUACAUGCUUAUCAUUUAAACAAUACAAUGCUCGGAAAUAAUGGACUAAAACGAUAGAUACGUCGGGCAAUAUGUAACCAAUUGUGGACAAAAUGGCCCCGGUCACCAGCGCCAUACGAAUGUUAUAUGUGGCUAUAUUUCCAGUGAUAUGGAAUCGAGCAAUUGCCCUAGACUGCUACGACUGUUAUUCCUUCAACAAUAGUGACCCGAACUGUGGCGACCCGUUCCAUCCGGCUUACGGUGACUUAAAGAAGGACUGUCAACAGGGAAAGGAAGGAUUCAUUGGCCUGUACCCUGCAAAAUUCUGCAUCAAACUUAUAGGAACAACAGUGAAUGAUGAUAAAGAAAUGGUGUAUCGUGGAUGUUCACUAUCCUCACUUGACAGCCAGUGUGGUGACUUUAAUUUCGAAGAUGUUCGUUACCGCGGAUGCAUGAUGUCGUGCACGGAAAAUGCGUGCAACCAUUCUGUCCGACUACGAGCGUCCGUGUGCAUGAUACCAUUUUUGACAAUGAUACUUCUGGUGACGUCACUAGUGCAAUAUUAUAAUGUAAGAUAGUGAUUUAGAAAGAAAAAAACAUUUCUAUGAAAAAAAUAUUAGUAAUAAUAUGUUGUUAUUAUUAUAUACAUGUAUGUACAUUUAAAUAAGUAAAACUUUAUUUUAUAUAUUAUACAUGUAGAUGAAAAAUAUAGAUCGUAUAAUUGUAUGUUUAGGAAAUGCUUAUUGUAUUGUUAUCUAGUAUGUACGUAGUUGUAAUUUAUUAAUAAAAAAUAAUUUAAAAUAAUUAA